CAAUUUCUCGAUACCUGAAUAAAGUUUUGCAUGUGUUUGUCCAUUUUAUCGUGUUCAUUCUACAUGACAUCUGUCGUCUUUAUCCAUUGACAAGGAUUAUUAUCAAAUAAGUAAUUUCAUCCACUUCAUAUAAAUGUGUUGUCAAUUACCUUUCCCUUCACAUAUACUAAUUCAUAAACAACUUUUCAGCCAUAUUACAAAAUUUCCAGCAUGGAUAUAGCGCUUAGAGAUCUGGGUUUUGAUCCUUCCAUGAUAGGUGCCCUUCACGACAUGUUCGACAUCAUAGACGACACAACAGAGCAGAAACCUCAGCAUCCAUCGAGAGCUUACAUUCGAGACACAAAGGCCAUGAGAGCAACACCAGCAGAUGUAAUGGAAUACCCUAACGCCUACCAGUUCUUAGUGGACAUGCCAGGGUUGAAACCCGACCAAGUGAAAGUCCAGUUGGAGGAUGAAAACGUGUUGGUAGUGAGCGGAGAAAGGAAAAGAGAGAAAGAAAAGGAAGAGAAAGAAGGGAUAAAGUAUCUGAGAAUGGAGAGGAGGUUUGGGAAACUGUUGAAGAAAUUUGUGCUGCCGGAAAAUGCUAACACAGAAGCGAUAUCGGCGGCGUUUCAGGACGGUGUGCUGGUGGUGACGGUGGAGAAGCGGCCGCCGCCAGAACCCAAGAAGCCAAAAGUGAUUGAGGUUAAGCUGGGAGAGAGCACUACUGGCACUAGUGGUGUUCAAGCAACUGAUGAAGGAGGAGCAGGUGAACGAGUCCAAGAUGGAACUGGUGGAAUAAAGACUGAUUAAUAAGUUUGUGUUAUAUAUCUAAGUGAUCAUGCAGCCUAUAUAGUGUUGAUACUUGCUAAGUUUGUUUUGCUGUUAAAAGUUACGGAGUAUGUGAAACUUAAUGUGGGUUGUACGUCCUAGAAGUUGUAAGAAAAUAUAUGUAAAAUAAAGAAGUCUAAAUAUGUUAAUUAAUGUGUUCAUGUGUUUGUACCUAUAUGUAUGAAGUCUAAAUAUGUAAUUUAAUGUGUGUAUAUUUGUACCUAUAUGUAUGACAAUGCUUUUGUGAAUGU